AUGACCGAAGCGGCCGAGGAAGGACCUGCCGUGGCUGAAGUAGUAGAUCAGGUUGAUGCAGUGGAUGCACCCGUUGCGACUGAUGGACCCCAAGACGGCGGCCUGGAGGGUGGUGCGGAAGCUCCCGGGCCUCCCGGGUCUCCCGAAGCUCGGCCGCGCGCCCUCACGGCGCCCGACACUGAGCCCAGCGCGGCGGAGCCGACGUUGAGGAAGUCCAAGACGGUGGACGUGGAGGGGGAUGGGCAGAAAGAUGGCAAGGCCAAGAAGAAGGUGGUGGUGAAGAAAAAAAAGAAGGUGGUGACCAUCCCUGCCGCCGACAGCGCCGUGGAUAGCGUCAGCGCCGUCGUAACGGAAUUGGCGGAGGUAGAGGUGGAGGGCAUCGUGCCGGAAGUCAUCGGCCGACGCCUCUCCGGCACGGCCUCAACCGUGGCCGUGGAGGUGCCCGAGCUGCCCGAGCUGCCCGAGCUGCCCGAGCUGCCGCCGCGGAUGCCGCCGCAGCUGCCGUUCCACUUUCGCCUGGACGUCUCUGGCGUGAAGAUUGGAAACCACUUCCCUGAUGAUCCAAUUAAGAACAUCUCGUUGAGUCUGGAGAAGGAAUGGAGAUAUUGCAGAAAAGAUCAGGAACGCGCUUGGAUCAACGACAAAGACCUGCCCUGCGAGAUCCGUGAUGUGGCGCUGCAACACGACAAGUGCCUCAAAAAAGAGGUCUGGCCAAACAUCAAGCAGAGAAAGGACGAGAGCUGGCAAAAGAUGUCCUAUGCUGGCAGAACCGUGCGAACCUAUCCCAUGAAGGUGGAGAAAUUCUACACGGCACCAGGGCAAGAGCUGACACGAGAAGAUCUGAAAGGGGCCACAGAAGACCUUUGGUGCUACAUGAUCUAUGACCUCUCGGGCGAUCCACUACUGAAAGACAUCGGACAUGACGGUCCAACCACCUUCUCAGCGCUGGUUCUGUUGUAUAUCUCCUACCUGGACGGUGAUGCCAAGCAUUCAACGGAGAUCCGCGCCAGUCACAUCGACCACUUCGAGUUCGCCUUGUGCUUCCCGCCCUCGCCGUAUCCCAGCUGCCAGCUAGAUGCGCCGGACUAUGGCAUGGCAAGGUGCUUCCAGCUGGAUCUGACUGGUGAGAAGCAAUCCUUGGAGAGCCUGAUGUUCCAAGUGCGGCCAGCCUUGACCUGGCUCUUCUGGGACUGCUUUGAAGAGCUCUUCCAGGUGAAACGGAACAUGACCUUCAAAGCAGUGGGGAGUCUCGCCCACAAGGUAAGAUCCUUAGUCACCAGCCGCAGCAACCUGAAGGAGCUUCGGCAAUGUGAGGAGCGGCCGCAGGCCCUGGCCUCGUUGUUGUCCUUGGUACGGGCGCAGGCCUUCAAGUUUCCCUUCAGAUGUCGUAUCUCGAAGCAGGAGGCCCAGAACUAUCGCGCCACCAUGGCUGAAGUCAACAACCAGGAUGAGUUCCCCGAAAGCUCCUCGAUGACCAACCAGUCUCUGUCCGACGAUCAGUUGGACCUUUUGGCCGCUCUUGAGCUGGCCACCGACCGUGCCAUCCAGGACUACACGCGCGCGCUGCGCGAGGAGGGCGGCCUGCUGCCGCGGCAGUGGUCGCAGGGGGGGCCACUGAGGCUGAGGCCUAAGCAUGACUCUGAGAAACUCGUGGAGAAGGUGGCCCCGUUGCAGCUGAGGAAUGCGGACGGAACGCAGCCUGGAGAGCUCGCCUUGAUCCGAUGCAUUGGUGCGAUCAAACUGGACCGCCGGCCGCCUGCUGAGAUGAUGGAGUACCGUCAGGGUACUGCGGAGAUCUCUGAGGCCGAGAUCUGGGAAAAGGAAGUGCCCAGCCCAAGCUCCAUGGAGGAGGCGGAGGAAGAUGAAAAAGAUGAGUAUGAGGAGAAGGACAUGGUUCUCACCCUGGACCUCUCCCAGUGGGACGAUGGAGAUAAGGCGCAAGUCACGGUGGGAGAUAUCGAUCUCGAAGAUCACGUGGCCAUCCGAGAUGUUUUGAUAGCCACAGAGCACAUGGAGGAGUUGAUGUGGGCAGAGGAGCCUAUCCGGCCUGCUUUGAAGGAGAAGUUGGCGCAAUUGGCCUAUGGCCUGCGGGCCCUGCAGCGCGCCUCCAUGAAACUUCAGCUGCGCUCGGUGGGGCUCAGUGUUUUAGAGACACGGCGGAAGGUCCCCAGCACCUCCGCCUCGGAACGCGUCUGGGCUCGUGCCUACGAACGGCUGGGGCGAGCGGACAAGGUGGAGGCGCCUCCAGCCGCGCCUCCGCAGCCGGUGCUGCUGCUGUCGGCUCCCGAGAAGGUGCUGCGGCGCCGCGCGGAGGUGCGAAAGCUGCGGCGCCGCGUGGUGCCCAACAAGGUGGACGAUGAGUUUCUUGGAGGCUUCGUGCGGAAACAGUUUGACCAAGAAGGGCCACUGCAGAGGUACUGGGUGGAGACUGCUCAGAUGCCAUAUGCCUAUCGACCUUUCUUUCAAUCGCCUUCACCCGAUAUUGAUCCUGCUGCCUUGCUAUCUCCGGCUGAGAGGAAGUACCUAGUGAAGUCGUUCAUCACGGACCCCUUCUCUGAGAUCCUGGGCCCCGGCGGCACGGUGGACCCGCGCCAGGGGGGCGCCAAUAUGGACCCACGGCAGCUGCUGACGGAUGGCACCAUUGCGGAAGGUCUGCUGCAUCUGCACAGCCACAUGAGUGCGAUUCAUUUGACCAAUGGCUUUGUUUACCCAUGGAGACACCGGGGUUGGAAGCAUUACUACUUCGUCUCUUGGUGUCGCUGUGACACAGCCCUGGUGUUGCAUCAUUUUGGCCCCAAGAUUGGUAGCUACUUCGAUUUCCUGGAGACCUACAUCACCUUCCUGUUGAUCGCUGCCGUCCUGGGUUUGUUUGCAGAGAUCAGCGGACCUCCAAACGCUCGCGGGGAAUCUGGAUUUUGGAAGUUUGUGCAGCCUGGCUUCGGCGUGUGCAUGUCCAUGUGGGGCACCUUCUUCUGCAUCUUCUGGCGUCGACGCUGUGCCUGGCUGAGCCACAUCUGGGGCAAUGGCUGGAUUGAGGAUGGCGAAGACCUCGGGGGUGUCGGGUCCCUGUCCAACGCCUCGGAGCGCGUGCGGCCCGAGUUCGCGCUGCAGUGGCGGCAGAACUUCGAACAGGCUAAGCCGGCGAGACAGGAAGAGACCUUGAAGAUGUUGAAAACCUUGCUGCGUGCCCCCAACACUCCGCAUUGGGAUGAGAGGGCGCUCACAAGUGACAUCAUGCGCUUUGACGAAGCCUGCUACCUCAGCGAUUUCGUGCAGUUCUAUCGCUUCAUGCUGUCCUACCUGGCCUCGGGUUGCUUCAUCCUCUUGGCCUCGGGGGCCACCUAUGGGGCCCUGGCAGCAAAUCAGCUACUGGGUCUCAACGGGAAGACGGCGGGCUACGCGGUGACGGGGCUCACCACCAGCGUGCUGGUGCCGGUGUUGAACGUGAUCCACUAUCAGGUGGUGAUCAAGACCAACAACUACCAGCUUUUCAGGGAAGACAGUGAAAGAGAGAAGGAUCUUUUUGAUCGCUUGUUUGUCUUCAACCUCUUCAACACCUACAACAGUUUGAUCUGGAUCGCCUUUGUGGAGAAGAACAUGGAACAGCUCCGAGUGCAGGUGCUAUUUCUACUUCUGAGUUCCAUCUUCAUCAACAAUCUGCUGGAGUUCUACUGGUCCCACUCUGUGAAGCAGCUGAAAAAGAUGGGCCACACCGAUGCCAUCACCAGCAUCCGGCAGAUGCUGCGCUACAUCUUGGUGGGUGAGCUGGAGGAUGGUCCUAUCAUCCCUGUGGAUCCCAUCAAGACGGCGCUGGAGCACGUGACGGACGAGAUGACGAGGGACGCGGCCUUCGAACUGGUGGAUGAGGCCAUUGAAUUGGUGAUCCAGUAUGGCUUGAUCAUGAUGUUCACCGUCGCCUUCCCACUGGCUCCACUGCUGGCUCUGGUAAAUGUACAUAUUGAGAAGCGUUUGGAUGCGUACAAGCUCGUCAAACUGAUGCAAUCUCCUGAGCCCAGAAUGGUGGUUGGCAUGGGUCGUGCCUUCAACGCGUUCGUGGUGGUCACCGGCCUUGGGCUGUUGGUCAGUGGUCUGCUGCUGUACUUCACCCAGUACCCUGGGGGUGUCUGUGAUAGCUGCACCAUGUUUGGAAACUGCGGGACCUGUGGUGGAACCAGCGUGGAACUCAUCCUACCGGAAUCCUCCACUGAAGAGAGGCUCUUCCUGCUGGCCGCUGGAGAGCAUGCCAUGCUCUUUUUCAUGUACGCUUGCUUCACAUCUGCAUCGGUUGGCAAGGAUAUCAUUCACGAGCAGUACCGGCAGAAGUUCUACGAGAAUCGUUUGCAAAGUAUGGAAAGCGCUAAUGACCUGCAUCGGGCGCGGCGAAGUACCCACGGUGCGGCUCAAUGA